CAGUGCGCGUCGACCAUCGCGCACCGCCCCCGAUGUUCAUACCGGGGCAUGUUGUCCUUCGGGGCAUAGAGGGUUUGGCGCGUCAUCCGCGCGCCGGGAGCCUCUGCAGUAGCCGAGCGCCGUGCCCGGGUUCUUGUUGUGCUUGCUAUCUGGGACUUGCUCAUGCCUCGUGGACGUGACGAGAGUGCGCAUGCCUCGCGAACGCGACAAGAGUGCGCAUACGCGACACAGCGCGGUAGCCAUGGCAACGCGCGCAUGUUACUGACCAUCCGGGGACAGAGUGCACGCGUGCGUGUUUAUGUCUGCCCGCGGGUUCGAGAUGACGGCGGAGGCUUCUACGGGUACGCGGGGGCGACAUGCGCAACAGCGAGACGCGUGGUGACACGGGCCGAGCAUCCCGGAUCGACGAAGCAGGUAUCAGCCCGCGUCGGCGGGGCAAAAGCCAGCCCGAAUCGAGAUCAGUCCGAAUUGACGAAGCAAAGACUCCGAAUUGACGAAGCAAAGACCGACGCGGGGACGAGACAAAAGACCGUCGCGGGGACGAGACAAAAGACGGUGCGGAUACGAGACAAAAGACGUGGCGGAGACGAGAGGUCUGCUAUGCCGCUGCGGAACAUAGCCUCGACGGGCGGGCCCGCGCUUCGGUUUCUCCUGGAGGUCUGAGCAUGUAGGACGACGAGCAGGCCUGCGCCGAUUCGGACGACGAAUGGACCUGCGCCGUGUCGAACGACGAAUGGACCUGCACCAUGUCCGACAACUGGAGGUCCAAGCUUGCCGAAUUGACCGAG